AUGCAGAUUCUCUGGAACGGAGCCCCGAGUGAGUCUUUCCAUCCGUCUCGUGGGGUGCGCCAAGGGGACCCUAUAUCUCUCUAUUUAUUUGUGCUUUGCAUUGAACGACUAGCACAUAGCAUCCAAAGUGAAGCUUCGACUGUCCAGGUGCAUACGCUAAAGAAGGUUCUUGCCAGCUUUUGCCGACACUCCGGAUUGAAGGUGAGCGACGCAAAAACUAACAUCUUCUUCUCGAAGAAUGUUCCCUUGGACAAAAAACAGGCUCUCUCGAACUUAAUGGGGUUUACUAGGGUGGAGGACCUUGGAUACUAUUUGGGUGUCCCGAUCUUACAUAGCCGAAUCAAAGGGCAAACGUAUGAAAAGUUGAUUGAAAAGGCGGAUGCUCGGCUAUCUGGUUGGAAAGCGGCGUCUCUGUCUAUGGCUGGAAGAGUGGUCUUGUCUCAAGCGGUGGUCAGCGCAUUACCGUACUAUACCAUGCAGUCGGCCCUUUUGCCUAACUCCAUAUCAGCGGGGCUUGAGAAACGUAUCAGACGAAUUAUCUGGGGGGGCUCCGAGGACAAACGAAAGCUUAGCCUAGUUAAAUGGGAGGAGGUCUAUUUGCCGAAGGCUCUCGGAGGUUUGGGCGUCAAACGGCAGCGGGUGAUGAACGAGGCUUUGCUUAUGAAAAUUGGUUGGAAAUUCCUCACCGACCAAAAUUCACUAUGGGCGCGUAUCUGGAAGGUCAAGUAUGGGAACAUUCUUUUUGAGGAUAUGGCGGGCCACCGAAAACCAAGUUCGGGAAUUAUAUAA